AUGAAUGACAAGAAGGUCUCAAACAUUGACAAUGGAUAUAUCAACGAUGACAAUUCAUUACCAGAUAAGACCUCAUCGGACGGGGAAUCUCAAUCUGAGUUUAAGAAUCCCAGGAUCAUAGUUAGUGUUUGUAUUCUAUUCAGCAUAAAUCUACUUAAUUACAUGGAUAGAUACACUAUAGCAGGUGUUUUAACUAACAUACAAGACUUUUAUAAUAUUAAUGAUGCCCAAGGCGGUCUAUUACAAACCGUAUUUAUGGCGUUCUUUAUGGUUUGUUCACCAGUUUCUGGUUUUUUAGGUGACAGAUAUAAUAGAAAAUGGAUAAUGGUAGUUGGAAUAGCGAUAUGGGUAGCGACAGUGUUUGCCUCAACAUUCAUUCCAGCUGAUAAAUUCUGGUUGUUCCUCUUGCUGCGAGGAAUUGUUGGCGUCGGCGAGGCAUCAUAUGCGGUAAUUUCGCCGUCAAUUAUUGCCGAUAUGUUUACUGGUCAGAAUAGGAGCCGAAUGUUGAUGGUUUUCUACUUUGCAAUUCCUUGUGGAAGCGGUUUGGGCUUCAUCGUUGGUUCCAAUGUGGCCGCACUUACUGGUCAUUGGACAUGGGGAGUUCGUGUCACUGCCAUUUUUGGAAUUAUUUGCCUCGUAAUGAUCAUCGCUUUCAUCCAAGAACCGGAAAGAGGUGCAGCUGAACGAAAAAAAGGCGAAAUUGCAAACGCUGUGGUGACCACCAGAUAUUGGGAAGACAUCAAAUCGUUGGUCACAAACCCUACAUACGUUUUCUCUACUGCUGGUUACACAGCGAUCGUUUUCGUUGUGGGAACGUUGACAUGGUGGGCGCCAACGGCUAUCGAACACAACGAAGCGUACAGGAAGGGCUUGAAUAGCACAAAUUUAUUGAAUCCAGAUGCGAAAGCUCAGAUUAAUCUCGUUUUUGGAGUCAUUACAUGCGUCGGAGGUAUUGCCGGUGUUGGUCUUGGAUCUACUCUUUCUAUGUUUCUUCGCACUGGCUACGGACCAUUUAAAUACGUGCAAACCAUCCGAUCAGAUCCGAUUAUCUGUGGAAUCGGUGCCCUUAUCGGAGUGCCGACCUUGUAUGCAUCAUUUCAUUUGAUUCCGAAGAGCUUGCCAGGAGCAUGGGCUCUCAUGUUCGUCACAAUCACAGCGACAUGUUUCAACUGGGCCACAAAUGUCGACAUGCUCAUGGCAGUGGUGAUACCAUCUCGACGAAAUGCCGCAAAUUCCUGGCAAAUACUGAUCUCGCAUCUUUUCGGUGACGCAUCAGGGCCUUACAUUAUAGGACUGAUUUCGGAUGCGAUACGAGGCGACGAUUCUUCUCCGUACGCCCAUUUCCAUUCACUGAUAAUCUCGUUCUAUCUCCCGAAUGCUUUACUAAUAGUUAGCACUUUGCUCUUCUUUGUUGCUGCAUAUACAUUUGUACGGGACAACCGCAAAUUCAAGGAAUAUAUGGGUGUUCUCAAACCCGCACCAGUAAUUCUAAGUGUACAAGACGAAGUAGCACUGCCAACUCCUGGACAGGACAAUCGCGCGUUCUCCCCAUCAGAGGGAGACCAUUCAGAAACAAGCAGAAUUUGA